AUGGGGAAUCGUUUGGUAAAGCCAGAACAAAUUUUUGAAAUAUCACAAAUUCGAAACAUAAUAAAAAAAUUUAAAAAGCCAAUUAUUCAAAGAUUAAAACGGAAAUAUCAGGAAAAUCCCGAUUAUCCUUUUGAUGCCAAAUUUAUGUGUAAAAUUGAUGCCUAUUUUCGAUAUAUUUGGAAUAGUUACUUUUCCUCGCCAGUAGAAAGAACGUUGCAUAAUGGAGCAUUCAUACUUGAUCUCAGAUGUGGCACUGGAACUUUCCUCUUAGAUCUUUGUUCCCAAUAUCAAAGUAGUAACUUUGUUGGAAUAGAUCGUCGCGAUGACUAUUUUCCACGUGAUCUUUCAAAGAAUUCAAAGAAUGUGAAAUUCAUUAAACACGAUAUUCUUGAUGGCAUUCCAUAUGCAGAUAAUACCUUUGAUUUUAUUUAUAUGAGAUUUAUGAUGAAAUAUUUUACUGAAGCUGAGUGGAAAACGAACAUCAUCCCAGAAAUUUUUAGGGUUUGCAAGCGCGGUGGUUGGAUAGAAAUUGUGGACUCCGACUUAAAUAUCUAUAAUGCUGGCCCUUGCACAGAAAGCUACCACCGAACAUGCACAAACAAAUUUGGCUUGAAUUACAGAGUUGAAUUAGAUCGAUUACAAGAUAUAAUGAAUAUAUAUAAAGACAUUGGAAUUACAAUUAUAAAGGAGAAGAUAAAUCCUUGGUAUCCAAUUCAACUUCAAAAAUCUAAUAAAUCUUUCGAAAUGGCAGCAGAAUUUCUAAACUUGUUGUAUCCGUUAAUGUCAAAUGAAUUAAAAUUAAAUAUAGAAGAUUAUGAAAAUUUAUCACGACACAUUAUUAAGGAAAUUGCUGAAAAUAAAACUCCUAAUGACUUAAUAGGUUCAAUAUAA